AUGUCUCAACAUUUUCACCACAACCCUGUAAGAGUCAGGUCCAGCUCACUGUUUGCUACAGCAUCAGAAGCAUUGCAAGCAAGACUCAAGAAGUUUAAGAGGAAGGAUAAGCAAUGUCAGGCUUACUUCAGGAGGGUUAUCAAGAGCACUCUCUUCCAGAUCGUGAUGAUCAUCACGGUCACCACCAACUCCUUUUUCCUGGUCUUGCAGACGGAUUACGACAUACACUAUAGGAUGUUCAGGACCUUGGAGGCCUCAGAGCUUUUCUUUGUCUCUGUCUACAUCUCUGAGUUCCUCAUGAAGGUCUAUGUGGACCCCAUAACGUAUUGGAAGAAUGGCUACAACAUACUGGAUGUGAUCAUUCUCAUUAUCAUCACAAUACCCUAUAUCAUCCGCAAGAUCAAGGGGAAUCAUUUUGCAUACCUCCACUUUGCUGAUGGCAUCCAGUCUCUACGGGUCCUCAAGCUCGUCUCCUACAGCAGGGGUAUCAGGACGCUUAUCAUCGCUGUGGGGGAGACAGUCUACACUGUGGCCUCUGUGCUGACGCUGCUCUUCCUCCUCAUGUUUAUAUUUGCGAUCCUGGGAUUCUGCCUGUUUGGCAUGGUGGAUAGAGGCGACCUGGAAAACUGGGGGAACCUGGCUGCAGCCUUCUUCACUCUCUUCAGUCUGGCCACGGUUGAUGGCUGGACCAACCUGCAGGAGGAGCUGGACAAGAGGAAGUUUACUAUAAGCCGGGCGUUUACCAUCCUCUUCAUCUUGCUUGCCUCCUUCAUCUUCCUCAACAUGUUUGUGGGUGUGAUGAUCAUGCACACAGAGGACUCCAUCAGAAAGUUUGAGCGGGAUCUGACGUUGGAGAGGAACUUGGCGAUCAUGGAGGAGAAGCAAAUAAUCCUGAAGCGCCAGCAAGAGGAGGUCAACAGGCUGAUGAACACGCAGAAAACUGGUGGCAAGAAGUUCGUUGAGAUGGUGGAGGACUUCAAGAAGACCCUGCGGCACACAGACCCCAUGGUCCUGGAUGACUUCAGCACGAGCCUCUCCUUCAUCGAUAUCUACUUGUUCACGCUGGACAACCAGGACACUGUGGUCAUAAAGCUUCAGGGGCUCUACUAUGAGAUUGCAAACGCGUUGAAUCUGAUGCUGGAAGAUUUGCCCGUAGAGAGCUCGUCCAGUACCUCCGGAGCAAGUUAG